UAAAAUGAUUUUUGAAUUUUAGUUUUAGUUAUUUAGUUUUAGUUAACUAUAACAACCUUGGACACACACACACACACACACAAAAGAAUUCUUGACAAACAAUAUUGAUCUGCCGAGUUUCGAGAAGAGAAAAGAGACAGAAAACACCAGCAGCUGCUUUUGUGAGUACAAAUCUGGAUGUGCAUGUCAGUAAAUGUGCAGUACUGUUUUUCAUGUAGGGACAGAUUGACUUUACAAUAACUUAAAAGAAUACUUUAAAAGAAGUGCUUGCAGUGCUGUCAACUGCCAGACUUUCAGAAUACUUUGGUCUGAGCUCAACUAAAUGAGAGGGAACAUACUAAUAUUUUGCACGUUAAGAGAUGAAACUAUGCUUAACUUUGCAGACGUCCAAAACACAAGGCCUCUUGAAAUGGCAGUGGCAUCGUCCUAAACUUGAGAUUUUUUUUUUUUUUUUUUAAAGCAACAAUUAAGAUUAAUUUCUCAAAGGAAAUGUGCUGAUUAAAACCCUGAAUGCAGACAUUAUAAUGAAUUUUGAAGCUCAGGUUAGACUCUGCUUUGGUGCUUCAAAUGUUCAUUUCUUUGUUCGUUCGUUCGCAGAUGAUGCUCUCUACAUGCAAAGAUCAUGGUUGUGCCCCACUGACUGGGAUGAAUACAAUGAUCACUGUUUUUUCUAUGCUUCAACAGAAACCACCUGGGCUCAAGCUGAGGUAAUAAGAACCAUUCACAUGAAUGCACCAGUGCUGCUGUUGUCUAACUGUAGUAUUGUAACUGUAGGUCCUUUUGCAAUACUUCUAUGAACACCCUCACUAAGUUUUUUGUGUUUUAGUCUAAUCACAUAGACACUGCUUUUGGUCGUGUUACAGGGCAAGUAGGUCAUAAUUAUAUUAAGAGAUGAUCUGAAUAUUAAUGUUAAAAUUUCUAAUUUUAUUUAUUAAGGAACAAUGUUGACUGUUAAACAUACAUUUGCCAUUUGAUGCACUGAGCCACUGUAAAUAUAAAGCAAAAAACAACACACAAUGAGUCAAACUCGCGCUAGGUUUAUAGUUCUCAGCUCUGUCUUUUUUUUACUUUGAAGGCUCAGUGCUUUCUUCUGCUUGCAUAUGUUUCAUUCAGAGGCUCAAACAUUCUGUAAGUAAGUAAACUUUAUUUAUAUAGCACGUUUAAAACAGCUUUCAGCUGACCAAAGUGCUUCACACUUAAAGCAUAAUAAGAAACAACCAAACAUUACAGGAGAUCUUAGACAAGACAAGACACAAUAACAUGGCAGAGAGUACACAUUCAAUUGAGAGGAGAAUGUUUCUUUGAUUGGAGAAGUCUCUAAGCAGUAUUGAAAGCCAUGGAAAACAGGUGGGUUUUGAGCUGGGCCUUGAAUUAAUGUAUAGUGUUACCACCUCUAAUUUGACGAGGCAGAUGGUUCCACAGAUGUGGGCCUGCCCCUGAGAAAACACGGUCACCUCUGAGUUUAUGUUUAACUCUAGGGACAACAAGGAAGGACUGCUCAAUGGAUCUGAGGUACUGAGGUGGAGUAUAUGGGGUUAAAAGGUCUGAUAAAUAGGAGGGGGCUAAACCAUGGAGAGAUUUAAAAACUAGCGAUAACAUUUUCAAAUGUAUUCUAAAAUCAACUGGGCCAAGGUCUUUCUGUUGGGUGCUGGUGGAGUCAGGUUGGCCAAAUAGGACUACUUCAGUUUUUUGUUCAUUUAGGAAUAGAAAGUUUUGAGCCAGCCAGUCUUUUUUUUUCUUGGAGGCAGUGGAAAAGUAAUUGUAGUGACUGUGGGCUUUGGCUUUUUAGUGGGAGGUAGAGCUGUAAGUCAUCUGCAUAAAAAUGAAAUUUUAAGCCAUGUUUUUUAUGAGAGCACCAAGUGGCAGCAUAUAUACUGAAAACAGGAGGGGAGCUAAAAGGAGGAGGAUAAAUCAUUAAAAAAUGCUUUAAAACUUUGUUUUCCAGGUAUGAUUUAAGGAGAUUUAGAGCUGGUCCCUAGAUCCCAACCAAAUCUUUGAGCCUGGCGAUCAGCAUAUUGCAGUCGACUGAGUCGAACACUGCACUCAAAUCUAAAAGAACAAAAAUUGAACAGUUGCCAUCAUCUGAUGCUAAAAACAAGUCAUUAAGAACUUUUAAAAGAGCAGUUUCUGUGCUGUGGUUCUCUCUAAAACCAGAUUGGAACUUCUCAAGUGGUCCAUUUUCGGUUAAAAGUGAAUCAAUUGCUUAUGAAGGACUUUUUCAAGAAUUUUAGAUAAGAACAGGAGUUUGGAAAUGGGUCUAAAAUUGAUAAAAGUUUUGUGUCUAAAGUAGUUUUUUCUUUUUUUUUAGAAGAGGCUGGACUACUGCAUGUUUGAAAUCAGAGGGGAAACAUCCUGUUGAGAGGCAACUGUUGGUGAUGGAGAGGAUGCUGGGACCAACAACAACUUGUCAGGAUGAAGGUGGAAACCUUGCAUCAGUGCACAGCUUCUCUGAGCAUAAAUUAUUCAGGAUAUGAUAUAUAAACACACUUGGAGUUAUCAACCAGCAUGGCUUGGAGGCUCGGAUGUACAACAGGGUGACUAUUGGCUGUGGACCGAUGGUUCAUGUUUCAAUUUCAAAAAUUGGUGUCCAGGUGAGCCGAGCAACUACUGUAAAGGCCAGCACUGUUUACAGAUGAACUAUGGAGGAAGCUGAGACAAAAGAAGACAAUCCUUUCAUCACUUUUACUAGACCAGGUGUGAAGAUGCUGACCAUGUUUGUGCUUGUCUGUGCCGUGAUGGCCCUGACUAACGCUGCAGCCGUUCCACAGGCAGUGGAUGAUCGUGUGACCGGCAAUCCAUUCAUCCAAGAAGGUGUUCAAGAAGCACAACCUGAUGUAUUGAUGUUUGGACCAUAUGCUCAACAAAAUGCCAGUCUCAGUGUCCAGGGAUCUGGAUUUUGCCCCCUUGGUUGGGCUGGUCACAACGGUCGCUGUUUCAUCUACAUUCCAUCACCAACAACUUGGGCUUACGCUGAGAAACGCUGCCAGGCCCGAGGUGGGAACCUUGCAUCAGUGCACAGCUUUGAUGAGUAUAUAUUCAUUCAGGAAAUGAUACUGGAGGUUUCUCGUGGAUAUCCAUUAGCAUGGCUUGGUGGCUCAGAUGCACAACAGGAGUAUGUUUGGCUGUGGAGUGAUGGUUCGUAUUUCAAUUUUCCCCUCUGGUGUCCAGGACAGCCGGACAAUAAAAGCGGCUGGCAGAACUGUAUACAGAUGAACUAUGGAGAUCAUAAGUGCUGGGAUGAUCAGUGGUGUACCGACUAUCUCCCAUUCGUCUGUGCCAAGACCAUGUGAUCACCCCAAAGUUGACACCAUGUACUGAAUACUGUUGAAAAAACCUUGUGUGAUUUUGUUGUCAUUCAUUUUGUAUUAAACCUGAAAGCUCUGUAACUCAUCUAAUCCUAUUGUUUUAACCACUGCUGAAACACUUCCUGAUAUGAGUAGAAUCUGUGCAUUCUUUAUAAA